UUCAGUUAAGGAUUGAGUACCAAAGAAGAAAACAUGGCAAACUGCUUCAUCCGAUGCUGUCGAGUGGUUAAGCACUUGCCUGUUCGUGUCAUCUGUAUUUUGGUUUUCAUCCUCCAAACCAGUGUUGUGGAUUACUAUCUAGUGGAACACAAGGGGAACACAUAUUUCUGGUUUCUUGUGGCAGACGUCAUCGUUUUUUGCUUAUUCGUUGCGUCAUUUAUUGUGUCAUACCAAAACCUUAAAAAAUCUAAUACGGCCGAUGCAAACUCAACAAAGGAAAAGGUGGUCGGUUGGCUUGGAGUAGCUUCAUGGUCCAUCUACGCUGUCAUAGUGGCGAGUAAAUCGGGAAUUAUUUUCAUUGACUUUGCAGAUGACCUUGACGAAAGUAACUUUUUUGGUCCAAACACACUGAAAACUGCCUUAGCCUUAACUGGAGUAGUUUUUCUGCUUCACCUUUCAUCACUUCAUGACGCCAAGCCGGGUUCUGAGAGGAGGGCAUACAUUGACGAGUUAGCGGGUACCGUCAUUUUUGACGUCAUGGACUGUGUAGACAGCAUGGAACCAUUGUUCAUCAAAGAGGAUCGAGAAUCUUUCCCACCAGGUCUUAUAGAAGCCAUAGUUGCGAUAGCGUGUUUGAAUUUUGUUAUACCUACAAUUCCUCUUCUCACGCUUUCACACAGCAAGUUCGGCCACGCAAUGCUUCCUCGUCGCCUCGUUAUGAUACACAAGAUUCUUUUGGCAUACAUUAUCAACCUGCCCCUUUUGAUUAUGAGAAUGAUUUUAUGGCACGGUCUUAAUCAUGGCGUCUCUAUAUUUUCUUUAAAGAAUGUGAUUGUGAUCGGUGUGAUAACAUACGAUUUCUAUGAGCAUCAUGAAGCAAAUAUGGACGCAUCGAUCAAGAAAAAUGAAGUCAGUGAAAUCAAAAAUGAGGAAGAGAUUAUACCAACAGAUUCUUAUAGGCUUGAAAACCGUUUUAAUUAUGAAUGAUCGUUUUUGCCUCCUAAUGAAAAAGGCCAAGACUGAAAAUCUCGGUAUAAAACGUCUUAAUAGGUUAAAACGAUAUUGUACCGUUUUCGCAAUCCUCGUACAUUAGCAAACCGAAUUUAGAAUUCAGUUUUGUUUAUUGUUAACGGAUAUUCUACCCUGUCAGAAAUACGAUUUGAACAAUCAGCUUUACAUGGAAGAGGUUACACAAGAUUCAAUGGUAGGAUGACGCUACCAUUACCUGGUAGUGAGGGAAAGAUCAGUUUAAAUUAUAUCGAGCGAAGCUUUGUGAAGCAAGGCUCUGAAGGUAACAUGUAUGUGAAAGGAAAAAAAAUAAAAAACAGGCAAACGAAGAGAUAAUCUCUAUACACGUUCACUGAAAAUUUAGUGAGCAGUAUGGGCGCCGCCAUGUUUUUUUUUUUUUUUUUUUUUUUUUUUUUUUGUCCAUUAGUUUUUUCAACAGUUAUACGAGUUAUAUAUGUGACUGCCACAAAUAAAAGACUGAGGUGUCAUUUGUAAUUUAAACAUUCAAUUUGUUCAAAAUGAAUGGUAUGAUUCUUAUUGUAACAGUUUUUCUCAUAUUAAAUAAACAAACAAUAAUACGACUAAGUAGAUGAACGAGUUCAUUGGUUUCUUUGAAUAAAAAUAUACGAUAUUAUUUACCAAUUUAAAUUGCAAAAUGGAAUGUUUUGUUGUUGUUUGAUAUAAUAUUGCUGACGGUGCUACCGUUUGAGCGAGCGCAGCUACAUAUAUAUAUCGUUUACUGUUCAGGGGUUUGACCAGGUUGAAUUUAAACAUAGGGAUAUAAGGCUGACUCUUUUUCGCGCAAAAUUAUCUUCCUGUAUUCGCAGCACCCUUACUGGGAAGCAGAAAUUGAAUUUCUUGUUUUAUGAUGGCAAGUGGAAACAAAAACUUCGAUUGGGAAUUGAGCGCUCUAUUUGAGGCCGAGGUAAAUACUUCAUAUCAAAGUAAUGAUUAUAAGUACGAUUUACGUUUUCAGCCUCUUACAUUUACAUUAUACUUGUUUUUAUUGAAUUCCCCCACUUCCAGUAAAUCUGAAACACGUGAUUUGUAAAUAUAACUAAUAAGUUUGUGUUUGUAAAUAAGGAUUCUUGAUGAGCAGCCAUUGCUGGCAAUUUAUGAUAUGUGCGUGUGUGUUUGUUUAUUUUAUAAAGAAUAGACUAAUGGACUUUUGCGAGAAGGGCUGACUUUUACAGUCAACGGCUGACUUUGACACAAGCAUAAUAUACGGAAACCUUUUCGUGACAUAUAUGUACAUACAUGAAUAAGUGAUGAACCGAUCCAAUGUACAGAAAUGUUAGUUGUCCAAAGAGUAUCGAGUUGUUCCGGUUCAUUUCCAUGCUCAUGCUGCUUCUGGAAAAGUAAAGUCUAUGUGACCUAAUAUCCCCAUAUAUUCCUCC